CCACAACCCCCUGACCGUGAUUGCUGACACAGCAUUCUUCAAGCUGCCUUCAGUCAACUAUCUGGACCUGAGUGCAACUCAAGUGACUCCGCAGACGUUGCUGCUGCUCCUGCAGACAACAGUGCACUUGGAAACCCUCAAACUGCCCAAGGAUGUGGCCUGCUGCCUCUGCCAGGAGCAUGCCAGCACCGAGACCCCGUGCAGGACCAUCCAGUUCCUCUGUGAGAACCUGUGCAGCAGCAGCAGUGCCCAGUGUGCUGCUCACACAGGUCCUGUGGCACAGACACAGGGAGAAGUAAUGGAAGUGGAGCCCUCCGGAAAAGCAAAGAGCAGCCCAGUAUUGAACCUCAGGGCCAAGCAGCCUUCGCUGGGAGACCAUGGAACUGUAACUCUUGGGGUUGCCCUGACCCUGAGCAGCACUGAGGGGGAUGUCAGCAGCCUCAGGGAUUCCAGAUCAGAUUCAUAUCCCCCUGAGCACCUCUCCAGGCAGGAAGGCAAAACAGCUGCUGAUGAGCUGAUGUUUGAGGUCAAGAAUAAUCUGCACAAGGCAGAAGAGGAGGAGGAAGCCCCAUCUUCAAAGCAGAACUAUGGUUGGACUCAGAAACAGCACAACAAGAAGGCCAGCCAGCAAAAGCAGCAGGACUCCCAUUUGAACUGGCAGGCAUUAAACCCUUGGGAUGGAGCUGGUGGGUUAAACCCCAUUGAUGAAGACUCUGUCUCUGGACACCACAAAGAUGUGGAUGUAGCUCCAUCUCCAAUAAGGAAAUACAUUUGGAAAACGAAAGAACACAAGAAGACCAACAGCCAGUAUUGGGUUGGCCAAAAUCCACUUUUCUACCAGGUGUUGGGCCCUGCCAAAGCCCAGGGAGAGCCCACAGGCAGAGAAAGCAAAGCCCAGCAGGGUCUAAACAGGAACCUGGAUUUUCUGUCUGACCCGCUGGUUAACAACGGCCCCGCUGCAAUCAGCAGGGUAGAGGACAGGGCUGAAGGAGAGCCUUCCUCUCAAGGUGGGCACUUCCCCCUCCUGCCUGACACCAGGGAGACAGCCUGGAAGCAACAAGUGGAAAAGUUCAGGUCCCUCAACAAGCCAGGUAGCCCUGAGGGCCCAGACGUUUUGCCCAUUCCAGGAGAUGUCUUUGAAAUCACGGGCUACCAUCACCUGGUGCCGGACGAAGGCCUGCAGAUAUUCCUUGCCCGUGUAGAACAAGCCCUGAGGACGGACUGCAACCUGCCCAGGCUGCAGCUGGCCUGUGCCAAGAUAGUCUCCAAGACUGAGCUACUUCUAAGUCUGCUCAGCAAGAGACAAGAGAACGAGGGAGCCUCUGCUUUCACGGGCCAGUGCCCAAUAGAUGAGAACAUCUCCAGACGCACAGCCUUGGAGGAGGGCAAGGAACACAGAGGGGAGGAGAAACCAGAGCCCGUGGAUGACACAAUCACAUUGGUGGUGUUGCUGUCUGUCCUCGCCGUCAUUUCUCUGACAGUGGUGUGUGUCCUUAAGCUCUGCUCCCGACCCUGUGCAGUGUUUUGCCGAUGCCUGUGCACUGUGUGGAGAAGUUUCCUUGUAAUUCUGCGACAGAAGUGGAGGAAGAACAAGUACAAGAAGUUAGAGGAGGUAGAGGGCUUUCCUGAGCUCAGCGAGAGUGAUUUGCUGCUGGCUCAAUACAUCAUGGAUGAGCUUGAUAAAGAGGAGGAAGAAUCCCAGAAAGAGAGACAGCAGGGGAACACAGAUGCCUCCCAGAAAGAGACCGAAUGUGAAGAACUUCACCUGCAAGAAGGUGGAGAAGUAAGUGGAUGAAACUUGAGGAACUGCCUUUGCCCAGGCCCCAAGAUGCUCCUGCCCAGACGCUGCCCUGCCUCCAGCACCCCAAAAUCUGGGCCGCUGACUCCGUGAGCCCUCUCUGCAGAGAGGAUGCUGCAGGCGGCUGCCGUGCUCAGGACACCCUGAGGAGCCUCCCUGGGCACCUGGGAAUGGGGGAGGGGGUGGGAUGCCCUGGGACCCUCCAAGCUUCUCCCUGGGGACCUGGGAACAAGGGGGUGGGAAGAGGGUGGUGGGAUCCUUUAGGACCCCCAUAGCUUUUCCCUGGGGAUCUGGGAACAGGGGGUGGGAAGAGG